GCAUCACCACCGUCUGUGGGGCCGUCGAUGGGAAAAUGUAGGUCGAAGUGUAGGAAAGGAAAGUGGAUGGUUAACUGGCCGCCCAUUGAGCUCGGAACAUCCACUCUUUAACGCUUUGCCAGUGUGUUCGGUACAUCGCGUUCAACACAACCAGAAGUAGCUGAAGACAUAGAAUUUCAGUGUUAAAAAUAUUUUUUUAAGACCUUGUUUGAAGUAGUUUGUGUGGAAAAUUCCUUAAAGUAAAAUAAAAAUUUAUUAUUAAGUGAUUUAAAACUAAAAAUAAUGGAGCUUUUUAAGGCGCUCCUUCUAUUGUUGUUCGUAACAAUGGUCGCAACGGACCAGCAGGACAGUGGUGAAAAACCGGCCGUCACCGUUACCAGGACCGAAUUAAAAGUGAGCAGAAGUUUAAAUCCCGAAGAAACGCAAACUUUAAAUGUUCGAACGAAAGAUGGAAGCGUUGCUCAAUUAAUUGUUAAACGACGGGAUGCUAAAAGCAAAAUAAAAAGGGACCAAGAAAUUGAUAGUUCUAAUAAUGUUAAUGAAAAUUUAAGCAAUAACGAACAAUUGAAUCAAAAAGCUUAUUCAAGAGCUAUUUAUACGAAUUGGAUUCCGGUUUCUUCGGUUUAUUUGAACCAACCGAAUUUGUUAAGAUUAGAAAAUAUUGCCGUUGUAAAAAAUGCUACUGAUCAACAAUCGAUUGGUUGGAGUAAUGGAAAGCUUGGAAAUGUGAUUGAUAGUGACAGAAUUCCUCACGUGCCAAAGCCGGUUACAAUAGUCUCGGAUGAUAUUUUCGUAAAACCAGCAGCCGAAAAGAAACGAGGACGUUCGUUGGUUAGCAUAGAUACGGAUGGAAUCCCGGUUAUUCACGGAGUAAGAGUACCAGAUGACGAGAAUGAUAAACAACAAACGUGGAGAAAUGCCAGGGUUAUUAACGGCGAAUUGGUUCCGUACGAAGAAGGUUAUAAACCCCCACCAGCCAAACCACUUGGCGAGUUAGUUUACGCAAGCCAAAGUAAUCAAGAAAAUAAAAAUGUUGAAGACCAACGCGGAUUUGGACCGUUCAAUAAAGAAGAUAACUUUAAAUCGGACGAUGUCAGAAAAGUUAACGAAGAAAGAACCGAAAGAAAUUACGUCCGAUUUGGUACAUCAGGAAUUGGCCCAUUUACUAAAGAAGAUAACGAAAAAUUUGUUAGCGAGGAUUUAUUAAAAUACCUCAAAGAAAUCAACGAGAAAGAAUCAAAAAAAGAUUAUUCAUCAGCAAGAAAAUUUCGAAGCUAUGAAUCUCCUCAAAUGCAAAGAAGAAUGCUUCAAUAUGGGGGAAAUCCUUCUUAUCCAAACUCCCAACUUUACACACCAUCCACAAAACUAAGCCCCGUUAAUUUUAACGAAGGUGUAAGAACCCCCGUUCUUCAAUACGCCCACCCCGAACUUGGCGUCCAACCAGCUAAAGCUAGUCAAGAAGAAGAAAGCAGAUAUAAUUACAAUUAUCAUCACAACACAGCAAACACAGCUGAUUAUAACCAUUAUGAUAUCAAACCAGAAGAUAAUUCCGAUUUAGACCAAAAUAACCAUCAAUAUUACACAGAUUACUACAAAAAAGAUUUAAUGCAAUAUCCUUACAACACUUAUUACGUCAAAUCAAAACCAGAACAACCAUUUUGGAUGAAAAUAACUGAAAGCAUCAAAGAUAACGUUCAAAGUGGUUUUGAGAGGAUGCAACAAUUAACCCGACCAGUAUUUGAACCCCUUGUUGAAGCCACCCAAAAAAUUUCACACAAUCUCGGUCUUACCCACACUCCAUCAAGUACAACAGCCCAAAAUAAAGUUGGAUUUAUCACCCCGAUGACAACUUCAGUAAUCUUGCCAGCUUUGGGAUUAGUAGCUGGUGGUGCUGCUCUUGGAUUAGGUGCUGCCGCCGUUGGAAGAUACCUCCAACCAGAAGAUUUAAGAAAUUUCAAUGGAUAUCCAAAUGAUAUUUUUGUAAUUAUGCAAGAAGACCAAAAUAAUAAAAAUGGCCAAGAAAAUAGAAGAUUUAGAAGGAGUAUUAACGACGAUGAAUACAUUCAAGAAUUGGAUCGUGAAGUUAAAAGUGAUGGUCUUGGUAAAUUCGGUCAGUUGAAUUCACCUCAGGUGUGGUCGGACACUCCUUGUUCGAAAAGGGCUUUCUGUGAAGCGAUGAUCCAACAAAACCACGAUGAGGUGAUUGUUAUGGAGAAAAAAAUGGACUCGUUAUUAGCCAUGGCACAUCCUGAUAUAACGAGAGCCGUUUCUGAACAUCUUCAAGAUGUAAUGGAUGCCAUAAAAGCCAAAGACUGUUCGAGGUUUGUGUGCCAAAAGAAAAAGAAUUUUCCUUGAAGAAAGCGGAGAGAAGAAAAAACUAGGUAACUAGAAGAUAAAUGAUGAUAAGAAGAUUACCAGAGGAUCUAGAUUUUUUUAGAUGGAAGAGAAGAAGCUAAAUACCAUUUUAAAUAAGGAAAUAAAAAAAAUAUUUAUUUUUUCGUAGAGUUAAGUUUUUUUAUUGUA